AACUCUGAAGUGGUUUUGUCAGAAAGAGGUGGUAGGUUUUACAAUGGCCUGGUGCGCGGCGAGGUUGUCCAUGCCGGCGGCGCAUGGUGCUCAGAUUCGCCCUCUGCGCGCUCGAUACCCGCUCGCUGCUGGGCUCUGCUGCGUUUCUUUUGUUGGCUCUAGGCUCUGGUCCUCUUCUACUUCUCAUUCAAAGCCAUUCGCCUGCGUGGCCUCUGCUUCAUUUUCUACCUCUGCUUCUGUUAGCAAAGAGGCUGUUCAAACCGAAAAGGCUCCUGCAGCAUUGGGACCCUAUUCUCAAGCUAUCAAGGCUAACAACCUUCUGUUUGUUUCUGGUGUCCUUGGACUUGUUCCUGAGACAGGAAAAUUCAUCUCUGACAGCAUAGAAGGUCAAACUGAACAGGUCCUGAAGAACAUGGGAGAAAUACUUAAAGCUAGUGGUGCUGACUACUCUGCUGUUGUUAAGACAACAAUUAUGUUGGCAGACUUGAAAGACUUCAAAGCAGUUAAUGAGAUAUAUUCCAAAUAUUUCUCAUCUCCUGCUCCAGCACGUUCUACUUACCAGGUUGCUGCAUUACCUAUGAAUGCAAGGAUUGAAAUCGAGUGCAUCGCUGCACUGUAGAACAACUAUGCAGAGAAUAGCCCUGUUCUGUUUCAUGAAUUGAUCAUUCUGAUGAAUAAAAAUAAGUCUUCAUUAAUUUCUGAUUGAUCAUUUUGUGGAAUCAAAGUUGUAAAACAAACAAACGCCUCUUUUUGUUGGAUCAGUUAGUGAUGACUGUUGUUGAAUCUAGAAGCAUUUCCUGAAUAAUGAGGGGGUGUUUCUUGUGUGUUUUAAAUUAAAACCUUGCUUUCC